GAAAGUGAAGUGGCAAAAGAGCAGUGAAAGCAGCGAUGAUGCAUGGGGAAAUUGUGCUGAUUGGGUGCCGAGUUGCCGCUUAAUCUGGGAAUCUGACCCACUCCCGUCUCUUGCCCAUCCAUCUCCUUCAUCUUCUUCUCUUCUCCUCAGUCAAUCUUUCUCAAAACCCUGUCAGAAUCAUCCCCCUCUCUCUAGGAAGAUAACGAAGAUGAGGUUUUCACGUGACAUCCAUAACCUUUUGGCUUUGCUGUUCAUUUCUUAUUCGAGCAGAGCCUCGUUUAUUGAUCUCCCAAUAAAUAUAUUUAGUAAGAAUUUAAUAGUUUAGUAUGGUACAAAUGGAGGCCAAAUGAAAAUUGAGGCUUGUGCUGAUUUUUGGGAGGACCAAUCUGUAAGAAUUAACUAUGUUAGGGAAGUACAGAGCUGCGCAAUUCACAAUAUUCUAGUAAACUCUUUCUUUCGCUUUCCAUUUGUAGAAUACAUUAUUAUAUACUAUAUUAUCUUGUUGUAUGUAGCCAUAUGCGCUUUGGGAUGCGUUUGGUUUGAUGGGAAUAAUAAACAAAUAAAUAAAAUAAAAUAAAAUGCAUUUUCUUAAAAGGGUGAGCACUCUGUGCUUGAGCUGUGGUGUGUGGUCCCUGAUUUGCUCUUGGAAGGAUCAGAGGGAGGCGGUGAUCGAUACCUUGGGUGGAAGAAUGGGAGCUGGGCUUUUCCAUUAAGGAGGUGUUUGGGUUUCUGUAAUUCCCUUCUUGGGGUUUGAGUUUCCUUGCAUUUAUUGCCUCCUCAAACUCCUGCCUCUUUUGUAGUUUGAAGAUUUCAUCUCAAAGUUGUUCAACUCUUUUACUGCUCUCUUGACUCUCUGCAGUCUCAGAAAAAAAAAAAAAAAGAUUUGAAUUGAAAUGUCAACUUCCAGACCUAGUCAGUCUUCUAGUAAUUCAGCGAGAUCAAAACAUAGUGCUAGGAUCAUAGCACAAACCUCUAUAGAUGCAAAGCUCCACGCGGAGUUUGAGGAAUCGGGGGAUUCCUUUGAUUACUCUAGCUCAGUCCGAGUCACGAGUGUGGAUGCUGGAGUGCAGAAACCUAGGUCUGACAAAGUAACCACUGCUUAUCUCCAUCAGAUCCAAAAAGCCAAAUACAUCCAGCCAUUUGGCUGUUUGUUAGCGCUGGAUGAGAAAACUUUUAAAGUCAUAGCAUUCAGUGAAAAUGCUCCCGAGAUGCUUACCAUGGUCAGCCAUGCUGUUCCAAGUGUUGGAGACCAUCCAGUUCUUGGUAUUGGGACUGAUAUUAGAACCAUUUUUACCAGUCCCAGUGCAGCAGCAUUACAGAAGGCCUUGGGAUUUGGAGAGGUUUCUCUGUUAAAUCCUAUCCUUGUUCACUGCAAAACCUCUGGGAAGCCAUUUUAUGCCAUUAUCCAUAGGGUAACAGGUAGCUUGAUUGUUGACUUUGAGCCAGUCAAACCAUAUGAAGUACCCAUGACUGCUGCUGGUGCAUUGCAAUCGUAUAAACUUGCAGCAAAAGCUAUUGCUCGAUUGCAGUCCUUGCCAAGUGGCAGCAUGGAGAGGCUCUGUGAUACUAUGGUCCAAGAGGUGUUCGAACUCACAGGUUAUGAUAGGGUGAUGAUUUAUAAAUUUCAUGAUGAUGAUCACGGAGAGGUUGUUUCUGAGAUCACUAAGCCUGGCCUUGAACCUUACUUGGGCUUGCAUUAUCCAGCAACCGAUAUUCCUCAAGCUGCACGCUUUUUGUUCAUGAAGAAUAAAGUACGGAUGAUUUGUGAUUGCCGAGCAAAACAUGUCAGGGUGGUCCAAGAUGAGAAACUUUCGAUUGAUUUAACAUUGUGUGGUUCCACACUUAGGGCUCCUCACAGCUGUCAUUUACAGUACAUGGAGAAUAUGAAUUCAAUAGCGUCACUGGUAAUGGCAGUCGUAGUUAAUGAUGGAGAUGACGAAGGGGAGGCCUCAGAAUCUGGACGGAUACAGAAGAGGAAAAGGCUUUGGGGCCUAGUUGUAUGCCAUAACACAACUCCAAGGUUUGUUCCUUUUCCUCUUCGGUAUGCAUGUGAGUUCCUUGCACAGGUGUUCGCCAUUCAUGUCAACAAGGAACUAGAAUUAGAAAACCAGAUUGUUGAGAAAAACAUUCUACGCACUCAAACUCUCUUGUGUGAUAUGUUAAUGCGGGAUGCGCCACUGGGUAUUGUGUCACAGAGCCCCAAUAUAAUGGAUCUUGUCAAAUGUGAUGGCGCUGCUUUGCUGUAUAAGAGUAAGGUACACAGAUUGGGAAUUACCCCAACCGACUUUCAGUUGCAUGAUAUAGUCUCUUGGCUCUCCGAGUACCAUAUGGAUUCCACAGGUCUGAGCACAGAUAGCUUGUACGAUGCUGGCUUCCAAGGGGCUCUUGCCCUUGGUGAUGCAAUAUGCGGGAUGGCUUCUGUCAGAAUAUCUGACAAGGAUUGGCUUUUCUGGUUCAGAUCGCACACUGCUGCUGAAGUUCGUUGGGGUGGUGCGAAGCACGAACCUGAUGAGAAGGAUGAUGGUAGGAAAAUGCAUCCAAGAUCAUCGUUUAAAGCGUUUCUUGAAGUUGUCAAGACAAGAAGUUUACCUUGGAAGGACUACGAGAUGGAUGCGAUUCAUUCGUUGCAGCUAAUACUGAGAAAUGCUUUCGGCAAGGAGGCUGAUACUAUGGAUACAAAAGCAAAUGCAAAUGCUAUCCAUACAAAGCUUAAUGACCUAAGAAUUGACGGUAUGCAAGAACUAGAAGCCGUAACAAGUGAAAUGGUCCGCCUGAUUGAAACGGCCACAGUGCCAAUCUUGGCAGUUGAUGUGGAUGGGCUGGUGAAUGGGUGGAACACAAAAAUUGCUGAGUUGACUGGUCUAACUGUCGACGAAGCAAUUGGGAAGCACUUUCUUACACUCGUGGAAGACUCCUCAGUUCAUAAUGUGAGAAAGAUGUUGAGUUUGGCGUUGCAGGGGAAAGAAGAAAAAAAUGUACAGUUUGAGAUAAAAACACAUGGGCAAAGAUCAGAAUCUGGUCCAAUCAGCUUAAUUGUGAAUGCUUGUGCAAGCAGGGAUGUUCAAGAAAGUGUGGUCGGUGUCUGUUUUAUUGCACAGGAUAUAACUGGACAGAAGACUAUUAUGGACAAGUUCACACGAAUUGAAGGAGAUUACAGGGCUAUUAUACAAAAUCCUAACCCUUUGAUUCCCCCAAUAUUUGGAACCGAUGAAUUUGGGUGGUGUUCUGAGUGGAAUUCAGCAAUGACAAAUUUAUCUGGAUGGUGCCGUGAUGAAGUUAUGGACAAGAUGCUUCUGGGGGAGGUUUUCGGGACACAGAAAGCCUGCUGUCGUCUCAAGAAUCAAGAGGCUUUUGUAAAUCUGGGCGUUGUACUGAACAACGCUAUAACUGGUCAAGUGUCUGAAAAGACCAGGUUUGGUUUCUUUGCACGAAAUGGGAAAUAUGUGGAGUGCCUACUUUCUGUGAGCAAAAGAUUGGACCAAGAGGGAGCCGUCACGGGGCUAUUUUGUUUCCUGCAGUUAGCAAGCCAGGAACUGCAACAAGCCCUUCAUUUUCAAAAAUUGUCCGAGCAAACUGCAAUGAAGAGGUUGAAAGUGUUGGCGUACAUAAGAAGGCAGGUCAAAAACCCUCUUUCGGGAAUCAUGUUCUCUCGAAAGAUGCUAGAGGGGACGGAGUUGGGUAAAGAUCAGAAAAGCAUAUUGCAUACUAGUGCCCAGUGUCAGCAGCAACUCAGUAAAGUUCUUGAUGACACAGAUCUUGACUGCAUCAUCGAGGGGUAUCUGGAUCUGGAAAUGGUUGAAUUUAAGCUAGAUGAAGUGUUACAAGCUUCAAUUAGUCAAGUAAUGACAAAGAGCAAUGGAAAGAGUUUAAGGAUAAUUAAUGACAUAGCUGACAAUAUUCUUUGUGAAACUUUAUAUGGAGAUAGUCUGAGGCUUCAACAAAUCCUCUCUGAAUUUUUGUCAGUUGCCGUGAAUUUUACCCCGAGCGGAGGCCAGCUUGCUCUUUCAUCCAAGUUGACUAAAGAUAAUUUAGGAGAAUCUAUUCAGCUUGCCCAUUUGGAAUUCAGGCUAACGCAUACAGGCGGUGGGGUGCCAGAAGAGCUGCUGACCCAAAUGUUUGGUAGCGAAGCAGACGCAUCAGAGGAUGGGAUCAGCCUGCUUAUAAGCAGAAAGCUGGUGAAGCUCAUGAACGGGGACGUUCAGUACCUCAGGGAGGCGGGUCGAUCCACGUUCAUCAUAUCUGUCGAACUUGCAGUUGCUUCUAAACCUUCUUCGUGA